CGACAACACAAUAUUGUUGGAUGUAAUAAGUUGUAUCAAGAUCAUCCAAAUAUGAAAAUAAGGAAUUUUGAAGGCAGGAUUUCAAUGUUAGAAUUUAGUGAAGCGGUGUAUGUUGCAGCUAGAAUAGCAACUAUUUCUGCUAAUGUUGAAGAAGGAGAGUGUGAAAUAAAUGUUGCAUUAAAGGAGAGCAAAGGCCAAUUUUGGUCAGUUUAUAACCACGCUAUUCCCAUCCGGCAUUCAGGAGAUCCUAAGGAUGUAAAAGUUUGGUUGGAUAUUGAUAAGGAGAUGUCAAUGUAG